CCGUAGGAUGACCAGCCGCAGUCGCAGCAGUUUCAGCAUCCCUUCUAUAUCUUCGGUCGUUCCCCUGCUCGGCAACAACAACAGCAGUAUCAGCAACCACAGCAAGUACAGCAACAGCAACAGCAACAACAACAACAACAACAACAACAUCAACAACAGCAACAGCAACAGCAACAACAGCAACAGCCAGGCAUCGUUUUCCAGCCUCCAAAUUUACUUAAUAAUACACAGAUCAAGACAACCUACGACCCGCUCUGAAAUGACCAGCGACUUGCCAACCCUCACAGACGAUCUCCUCCCCCGCAUUUUCCGCGCCCUCGCGUCGCACGGCGACUAUUUCAGCCAUGGCCUCGUGUGCCGGCGAUGGUACUGCCUCGCUCGCUCCGCUCAGAGCCGUGUACGCGUUAAAAGCAACAGCGGUAUUCCGUCUCGUCUCAUUCACCACGCGCUUUCGCGAUUCCCGUCGCUCUCCGAGUUAGACCUGCCGGGUGGAAGCGUCUAUCCUGCCGACGACCGUCUGAUUCACAGCCUUGCCACGUCAGCGCUGAGUCAGCGUCUGUGUCGCCUGCAUUUGGUAUUCAAAGGGCGGAGCUGUACCAAUCUAGAAUCGCCUCACUCGGCGACUCCUGCAUCAGCUCGCAGCACCGAAGCCGCGUUUCACCGCCUUUUCUCCAGCUGUACGCGAUUGACGCAUCUCAAUUUACAGUCUAAAAGCUCCUCCGUGACGCUUCCCCCAUCCAUCGCAACGCUGACCAGCCUUACGCACCUUCACCUCGAUUUCGCCUUCUCCUCUCUCCCUUCCAGCGUCUUCGCCUCUCUCACGCUGCUCCAAACCCUCGAGCUUCGCUCCCGUAAUCUGCAGUCCCUACCAGACACUCUCGGGCAGCUGAAGAAACUCUGCGAGUUGACCGUGCAGUGCACUGCCUUGGAGGCUCUUCCGGAAUCAAUUGGAGAACUUUCUUUUCUGACCCGGGUAGAGCUGCUCGAGUGCUGUCGCCUGCAAGAACUGCCCGAAUCCCUCUGCACCCUCCCAAACCUCUCCCAUCUGAAUAUACAAAAUUGUGAUUCGCUCAUCUACCUGCCCGAGGAUUUCGGGCAGCUGCAAUCCCUCCGCUGCCUCAAGCUCUCUUGCUACUCCGCGGAUUUCAGCCUUCCAGAAUCCUUUUUCCUCCUCUCUAACCUCCAAAACCUCGAAAUUUCCUUCUCCUGGUGCCAAUGGCCAUCCUCGUGCCUCAUCUCCUUCCCUCGCCUCGCGUCUCUCACUCGCCUCUCCCUCCAUGGCAUGUUCGUCCGCUCCCUCCCUCCCGCCCUCCUCCAACCCCCCUCCCUCCGCAUCCUCACCCUCUCCUCCCUCCACCUCCUCACCGCCUUCCCUCACUCUCCCGGGCAGCUUGAAAACCUUCGCGAGCUGACCGUCAGCGACUGCGAGAAACUGGAAACCCUUCCUUCCUCGCUCUUCUCCUCCUCCCCCAACCUCGCCUCCCUCACCCUUUCAGCCUUACCCAAAUUGGCAUCACUGCCAGAGUUUCUAGGCGCUCAGUCAAACCUGCACCAGAUACACCUGGAUCAUUGCUCCAGUCUCUCACACCUGCCCGCCUCUCUCUCCUCGCUCUCCUCUCUCCGCCGUCUCUCCAUCCGCCACUGCCCCUCCCUCGCUGCCCUGCCCCACGGGAUCGCCGUCCUCCCCUCGCUCCAGUCGCUCGAUUUAGUCACACUCCCGGGCGUCACUUCCCUGGAGCCUGUGUUUCUUGGUCGCGGAGUACCAGCGCCACCAGCGCCUGCUGGCAGGCCGUCAGGGGGAAGGGGAUGGGGAAGAGGCUGUGAAGGCCAGCAGCAGCAGCAGCAGCAGCAGCAGCAGCAGUGUUGUCAUUCGUUGGCUCGUGGCAUGACGGAUGAUAGUCUAAACGGAAUCCAGCAUAUUCCAUCCCUGGAGUCUCUUAGGAUCAUCUCCUUACCAUCAAUUUCUUCCCUUCCUGAACCCUUCGGGCAGCUACCAAAACUACGCAAGCUCGUUCUACAGGCCUGUGGCAACCUGUUCAAGCUCCCCCAUUCAAUUUCAGGUCUGGGCAGUCUCCACUACCUCCACAUCAGCAACCUUGGAAAACUUUCCACCCUGCCCGAGGACAUCGGGCAGCUGCCCGCUCUUGAAACCCUUCUUCUGGAAGAUCUCCCUGCACUCGCCCACCUGCCCGCCUCCCUCUCUCUCCCUCCCCUCACCUCCACCUUGCAAUUCCUCCACCUCCCCCUCCUUCUGACGCCCUCGCGGGCUGAAGCGGACACAGCAAGCUGCUUUGACGUGGUUAGAGGUGUGGUGCCAGGCCUUGAAAGUCUCGUGCUUCACGGCAGUUACAGGCGCACGGUUACCAGUCCAACGGGCACGAGCAGCAGCACCAAGGUUACCGGCGAGGGAGGAGCGAGCAGCCUGGUUUUGAGCGGUGCACACGACCCUUCAGACGACCCUUCAGGCGGUGCUGCUGGCGGUGAUGUUGGAGUGGACUGGCCGCUGCUGAGUGGUCAGCACGCACCAAGCAUUGUUGCUGCCGUAUCAAGUGUUGCGCAGGGGUGGGCACAGCAAGUGGAGCAGCUGACGCUCCAAGUGGGGCACCUCUCUCACCAUGCACUCCUCGCCCUCGCCUCCUCCCUCCCUCGCUCCAUCUCCCAUGCGGCUCCCGGUGAUGUGGCUAAUCUUACUAGCAGGGAGGGCGCAUGUGCUGCAAGAGUCAGGAAAGCAAGUGUUUGUGUAGCAAUUGACGGUGGUUCACGGCCAGGUGCCGCCGUUGCAGCUGACGCCAACAGCCACCACAAAGCUGCCCUCAUUCCGCAUAUUCCUGAUGACCUGUUUCUCUCGCCACUCGCCCCAAGCACCCUGCGUUCCCUGCACCUGCACUCGUGCCACCACCUGCUGCAUCUGCCCUCCUCCCUUCCCUCCCUCCCCCACCUCCGCCUCCUCUCGCUCUCCAACUUGCCCCACCUCACCUCCCUCCCCCCCUCACUCCACCUCCUCGUGUCCCUCACUCGUCUCCAGCUCACGGACUGCACUGCGCUCACCCACCUGCCCGCCUCUCUUUUUCGCCUGCUUGAAUUGGAACGGCUCGUUCUGAUUCGCUGCUACAGCCUUGUCUCCCUGCCCACCGUCCCCACCAGCACCGAGUCCUGCCCUCAUGCUAAAGCUACUGAUGCUUUGUUAAGCGCGAGUUGUAGCAAUGUCAACCCUUCAAGCCCCAUCGUCUUUAAGUUACGUGUUUUGCACAUCGGGGAUUGCUACAUGAUGACCGAGCUCCCGCCAAGUGUAACAAUGUUACAGGGGCUGGAGAGAGUAACGGUGGAUGGGUGCUUCAGGAUCCAACGGCUGCCUGAGGGGAUGGAGCAGUUGCCUUGCUUGAGGAGUCUGGUGUGGAAUGGAAGCAAUGUGCUGUGGCGGGGAUAAGGUAGCAGAGGGUCCUAUGUGUUUGAGAACGGCCCAGCAUAAAGUGAGAACCCUGGCUAGAGCAUACACGUUAGUCACAGGCAUCAUCGGCAGUGUUUGUCCCAGGGGGUUUGAGGUUGCAUGAGUCUGAAUGUUGGAGUGUGACAAUGGCUUUGUUGCGAGCAGCUGCCAGAGUUCACAUCAGGACCUCAGAUUGCAGGCUUUUUUACCCUGAUUCAGGGUAAAAUCAGGGUUUCUUUGGGGGGGUGUGUCAAACAUAUGUGUGUAUGUUUAGUAGACUACAUAGGGUCAUGCCAUAGAGAGUACAACCCACUAGCUAUAUACCCCUGUAUACUCC